AUGGCAUUUAGAUAAACCACUUUCAACCCAGGCUAAUCGCAGUAAUUUAGAGUAUCUGGCUAGGUGUAGAGCGGAGCCAAGGCUCAACUGAACAUGCCCUAGAUGGAGGAGAAUCUUGCUCGUGAAAUGGCUAGAAUGAAGAUGGAGAGAGAGAAGCAAUCUAGAAUAGUCGAGAAGAUUUGCGUUGAGAGUGAUGAGCUAAAAUAACUGUAGGCUAAGAUCAAAGCUGCCUAUCUUAAUAAGGAUAGAGCCUCUCAGGUGACUGAAAAUUAAUUCAGAAAACAAAUUGACUUGGAAUAAGAUGCUUCAAUGGAAAAAGAAAUGCUUAAAAUAAAGGAGAUUGAAGAGAGAAUGCAAAGGGAAAGAGAAGAAGAGAGAAGAAAGGCAAAUAUCUAAUAAAAAUACAAUCUCUAGGAGUAAAUGUAAUUAAAAGAGCAGUUAAGGAGAGAGGCAUACGAAGAGUACAUUAGAGAAAAGGAUUAAGUUGAUCGUGUUAUCAAUAAAAUGAUUGAAGAGGACUAGAAAUUAUAAUAGCUAACUAGAAUGAAAUAAGACUAGGCUAAGUUAGAUAUGAUUCAGUCAGUUAAUGAGAAAAAGGAAAUGCAAAGACGUCAGAAGGAACUCGAGGAAUAUGAGAACGAAUUGCUUAUGAGGUUUGCAGAGUAGCAAUAAUACCGUGAGGAUGAAAUUAGAUAAAAGAAGGCUGAGAUGGAAGCAGCCCGUGAGGAGAUUUUCUAAAAACUCAAGGAUGAGGAGGAAAGACGUAGAGCUGAAAAGGAGUACAUUGAAAACCUCAGAAAUGAGCUUUACCUUCAAGAAUUCGAAGAACAGGCAAGGGAGAAGGAAAGAUAGGAGGCUGAAAAGAGAGAGAGAAUCAAGUAGGAAUUGCUCGCAGCCAAAGAGUAUCAAAAGAGGUUGAAGGAGGAGAGACUUGCCGAAGAGAAGAGAAUGGAAGACGAGUUCAAGAGAAAGCUAAUGGAGAAGUUCGCUGAAGACGAGAGGCUCGAGUAGAUGAAUGCCUAGAAGAGAAGAAUGAGAGAACAAGAACACAAAAGAGAAAUAGAAAGAUUAUGGCAAGAGAAGUUAGAAGUUUACAGAGCUCAAAGAGAAAUCGAAUUAGAGGAAAAGAGAGUUCAAGAAGAAGAGGAGAGAAGAAAGAAGGCUAUCGUAGAAAUGGAGAAGGAAAGACUCCUUAGAGAGCAUGGAUAGAUACUCUCGCAAUAUCACCCUAAGGCUGCCACAAACUAUGCUAACGGUUUUAGAUAAUAAUGA